AGAAAGCAGAGGCCAUGAUAAGAAAAAAAUAAUAAUAAUUCCAUCACCUCCCAUGUCUCUUACUUUUCCCAUCAUCCUCCUCCUCCUCCUCAGCCUGGCAAUGGCUGCAGCCGUGGAGCUCAGGCUAGGAUACUACUCAAAGACUUGCCCAAAAGCAGAAGCUAUAGUCAGGAAUGUGAUCGCCAAGAACAUGGAAAGAGAACCCAGAAGCGCUGCCUCAGUCAUGCGCCUACAAUUCCAUGAUUGCUUCGUUAAUGGAUGUGAUGCUUCAGUCCUGUUGGACGACACAGAAAGCAUGGUGGGAGAGAAACUCUCUUUGUCCAAUAUCAACUCACUCAGAUCUUACGAGGUUAUUGAUGAGGCUAAGGAAGAUGUCGAGAGAGCCUGCCCAGGUGUCGUUUCUUGUGCUGACAUCUUGAUCAUGGCCGCAAGAGAUGCUACUGUCCUGAGUGGAGGGCCAAUGUGGGAUGUAAAGUUGGGAAGGGUAGACAGCUUAACAGCAAGGCAACAAGACUCAGACAGCAUCAUGCCAAGCCCAAGGUCAAACUCAACCCACCUCAUUGAUCUUUUCAGCAGAUUCAAUCUAUCUGUGAAAGAUCUAGUGGCACUUUCGGGUUCUCAUUCCAUUGGCAAAGGAAGAUGCUUUUCAAUCGUUUUCCGGCUAUACAACCAAUCCGGUUCAGGGAAACCUGACCCAACCAUGGAGCCAAAAUUUAGAGCCAGGCUGCAAAAGCUAUGCCCACCUGCAGGCGGUGAUGGGAAUGUAACGGGAGACUUGGAUGCCACGGGGGUGGUAUUUGACAAUCAAUAUUUCAAGGACUUGGUCGACGGGAGAGGAUUUCUAAACUCGGACCAGAGCCUCUUCACCACCCCCCAGACCAGGGGUUACGUCACGGAAUUUAGCCAAGACCAACACGAGUUCUUCAAUGCAUUCGUUGAAGGUAUGAUAAAAAUGGGCGACCUGCAAUCACGUCUGCCUGGUGAGAUUAGAAGAAACUGCAGGGUGGUAAACAGUCUUCUAAAAGGCACACAUCAGCUCAGCGGCUAGGCAGGCGGCAAGACCGGGAGUAGUCACAUUACUUCUAUCAUUUGCAAUGACUAUUUGCAUGUUUUAUAAUAUAUGACCGGGAGUAGUCACAUUUAAUAAUAUAUUAUACAUACCCAUUUAACUUCAUUACUUCUAUCAUUUGCAAUGGAGCCAAAGAUUCACUAGUUUUUGGCUCGUGAAUAUGAUGGAAUAAAGCAAAAUGACUCACUAAACUGUUUGCGCUUCUUUGUAAUGAAGCAACAGUCAGCUCAUGCAAUUUCUGACGCGAUUUUCGCCAUGGGUCAUCCGAAAACAGUCUCUAUGUGCUUUUCGUACAUGGGUAAGACUGCGUACAUCCGACCCCCCUUACCCCACCGCAGGUGGAAGCUUUUGCGGCACUGGGGUAAUGAUGAUGAUGACCCAUUUAACUUCAUUAUGUAGUAUUAUGUGCAAAUAUGUAUAGUUUUUAUAUAAAUCUACAUCUAGUAGCUUUCUUUGAUAAAAAUGGUGGUACUAAAUGAAAAUGAGGACAAUGCCUUUUUAUUGAAUAUACAAUACCUUUA